AUGAUCCGACUUCAUGUCCUCCCCAAGCGCGGCUCGUGCUUGAGCCGUGCGCAAACGGAAGCCAUUAACACAAUCUUGGAGGAGGAGUUUACGCUCAUCAUCCUCGAUACGGACCCCACUUUCUCGGGGUUUCGCGCUGUGAGCAGAUGGGCGUCUUGGCGGAAGGACCUCAUCUUUGCUGAGGAUCCACUCUUCCGUACACCUAAUGUGGUGGAUAGUGAGAUGUUCUUUAAGCAGGCUGUCAAUCGUCGCUUCCGGAACUUCUAUCACAAGCUCAAGCUGCGUCGUCUCGGCCCCGACAUGAGCAGGUCAGAAGACGCCGAUAAUCUGCAAGUCAUACACCCUCAGACAGGGAGAGAGCUCCGGAGUCAGUCAUUCGACCUAAGUCAAAUUCAUUUUUCCCACCCCAAGCCGGCCUCAGCUGUUGUAUCCCCUCCCGAUGAUAAUGACGUGCCGAGUCACCCUUGCGUAGAUGCAGCCUUGGAUCUAUCUGUCAAGUUUGCGGGUCUUGCCGUUCAGGAACUGGACUCUGAGUGGGUCAUAGUCGAGUCCGAGCCUGACUACUAG